CCACGCAGACAAUAUACCGAGACUUCAUGCUUCGUCUUGGGAGUUGGUCGGUUGCGUGUGACUUGAUUUCACCAUGUCUGGUCGCGGUAAGGGUGGUAAAGGCUUGGGGAAGGGAGGUGCCAAGCGCCAUCGCAAAGUGCUUCGGGAUAACAUCCAAGGCAUUACCAAGCCAGCUAUUCGUCGCUUGGCUCGACGCGGGGGGGUGAAGCGUAUUUCGGGCUUGAUCUAUGAAGAGACCCGCGGAGUGCUGAAGGUGUUCUUGGAGAACGUGAUCCGCGAUGCUGUCACUUACACUGAACAUGCCAAGCGAAAGACGGUAACGGCUAUGGAUGUGGUUUAUGCCCUGAAGCGCCAGGGUCGCACUCUCUAUGGUUUUGGCGGCUAAACGGGUCACUAAAGUCAGCAGGAUAACACAAAGGCUCUUUUAAGAGCCACCCA